GGCGGGCGGCGGGCGCUGAGGCGGCGGCGGAGCCCGCGGAGCCCACGAGAGAGGACUGAGGGCAGCACACGUGUCUCCCUCGGCAGCACUGGCCCUGGGACACUCACCAGCAGCAGGAAUUCCGAGGCAGGAGAGUGUCAACGGUGGUGGAUGUGUCCAUGAAUGGUCCCAAGAAAUGAUGGCCGACCAGCCGCCCCCCUUGGAAGCCACACCUCUGUUGAAUGAAGUGCCACUUCUACCUCACAUGGUCAAUGGGGACAGCAUCCAGCAGGUUAUUCUUGUCCAGGUAAACCCAGGUGAAACAUUUACAAUUACAACUGAAGAUGGGCACAUGCAGUGUAUUCAAGGUCCAGCACAUGUCCCUCUGAUGUCACCAAAUGGUUCCAUGCCACCAAUAUUUGUGCCUCCCGGUUAUGUAUCUCAGGUGGUGGAAGAAAACGGAGUCCGGAAGGUGGUGGUGGUGCCCCACUCGGAAUUCCACCCUUCCAUGCAUCCCCCUCCUCCCCCUCCCCCCCACGUGCCCCAUUACAUGCACCACCCCCACGCUCUGCUCCCGCAUCCCCCACACCCUGUGUUCCCCCCCGUGCCCGGCACAGGGGAGCUGCCCCCGCAGUUCAUCCACCAGCACCCGCCUCCACACGUGUUCCAGGAGCAAGAACCUCGUUCCCAUGGAAGGACAAACUUCAUCCAGCGGGACGAAAGGAGUCUCAAAAUGCAGGAACACCUGAAGAAGAGACUAAAAGACAGACAAGCCAGUGGUCACACCAACAAUAAACUGAACAGUCCUCCCUCCUCACCACACAAAGUUGUUAAUUCUUCCAAUGCCACAAUUCCCAAUGGGAAUGGGAAGGGACAGCAAGGGGCAGGAGGAGCACUAAAGCAGAAGCAGAUAGGAAAAACAAAGGGCAGUCCAGAGGCAGAGAUGGGAGAAUCUGACACAGAAUCCAAGAAAUGUGAUACUCACUUGAGCAUUGGCAAACCAGUCGUUUCUGAUAUACAAGCAAGAUCAGCCGUUCUGUCCUGGAAUCUCCCAGUUAGUUCACAGAAUGGAGAGAGCCAUAGUCAUAGUCCAGCAGCAUUUACAUUUGAAGUAGCAAUAUCCAACAGUGGUAAAAAUGGAAAAUUUAAAUCUGUCUAUGUUGGGGAGGAAUUAACAAUUACACUUCCUGAUCUCAGACCAGCAACUGAUUAUCAUGCCAGAGUUUCAGCAACCAGCAGUUCCAUCAAGGAAUCCAUUUCAGAGUUGGUGAGCUUCACUACAGAGAGCUGUGAGCCAGACUGUCCUGCUGCCCCAAAGCUGAUUAACAGAACCAAAAACAGCCUGAGCUUGCAGUGGAAGUCCUCAAAUGACAAUGGUUCCAAAAUAACUAAUUUUCUUUUAGAAUGGGAUGAGGGGAAGAGUGGACCCUUCAAGGAGUGUUACUACGGGCACCUGAAGCAGUACAAACUCACCAAACUCUCUCCCUCCACAAGAUACUCGCUGAGAUUGGCUGCUAAAAAUGAUAUUGGAAUGAGUGGGUUCAGCGAGCCGGUGUCGUACUACACGGCCGGGAUGGUGCCCCCAGCCCCAGCCCCUCCCGUGCUGCUGGAAGCAGGAGUGACCUGGAUGGCCCUGAGGUGGAUCCCACCCCCUGGGGUAUCCUCAGAUGACUCCCUCACUUACACCUUGGACAUGGAAGAGGAAGGUUCUGGUUAUGGAUUCCAGCCCCAGUACAACGGAGAUGAGCUCUCAUGCACUUUAAGAAACCUUAGGAGGAGCACAUCCUAUAAGUUCAGGCUCUUUGCCUACAACAGUGAAGGAAAAAGCAGUCCCAGUGAGGUGGUGGAACACAGCACCAAUCCUGACAAACCUGGACCCCCGAGUAAACCAGUUGUAAAGGGCAAGAUCCACUCCCACAGUGUGAAAGUUGUGUGGGAACCCCCCAAAGAUAACGGAGGAUCAGACAUCUCUAAAUACUUUUUGGAAAUCUCGGAAGCAUCAGCUGGAGGGAAAUGGGACACGAUCUACAGCGGGGCCCAGAGAGAGCACGUGUGUGACCACCUCAGGCCCGGCACCUCCUACAGACUCCGAGUGUCUUGUGUCAGUAAAGGUGGGGAAAGCCAGGCCUCCGAUGUCACGACGGUCACGACGUCGGCGGUUCCCCCCGGCCCCUGUCCUGCUCCAGCCCUGGCAGGCAAAGCCAAGCCCAAGGAAAUCCCUCUGCAGUGGGGCCCCCCAGUCGUAGAUGGAGGUUCUGACAUUACAGAAUAUAUUCUGGAGAUGGCAAACUCUGAACAGGAUGAACACAGGGUUGUGUAUCAGGGCCCAGCAGCUGAGUAUGUAGUGACCAACCUGCUUCCAGGGAGAACCUACUGCUUCUGGAUCCGGGCAGGGAAUAAAGUCGGGUUUGGCCCCUACUCUGACAAGGCAGAGCUCUCCACUGCUCCGGGCCCCCCCGAGCAGUGCUGCAAACCCCUGAUAACCUGUAAGAGUGCAACUUGUGCUGUGGUUUCCUGGGAGAGCCCGGCAUGCAACGGUGCAGAAAUCACGGAAUACAGGCUGGACUGGGGCCAGGUGGAAGGAUCCAUGCACAUCAUCUACACUGGCCCUUGCCAGAGCUAUGAAGUCAAAGGGCUCACACCUGCAACCACCUAUUACUGCAGGGUACAGGCUGUGAACGUGGCUGGAGUGGGGCUCUUUGGGGAGACCAGCGUGGUGACCACCCCGCCGUCGGUGCCCGCGGCCGUGACCGUGCUGCACCUCCUGGAGGAGGAGCAGCUGGAGAUCUCUGCUCCCUUCUCCACGUGCCUUGCAAUCCAGUGGGAAGAGCCCUGCUGCCACGGGGCUGAGAUCACAGGGUACAACAUAGAGUAUGGGGAAAAGCAGCUGGUCACUGUGGGGAGGAACACAACUCAUGUCCUGGAGAAUCUGCUGCCUGACACUCUGUACAGAAUCAGAAUACAGGCCAUAAACAGCCUUGGAGUUGGUCCUUUCAGUCAUUCCAUGAAAGCCAAAACCAAACCACUACCUCCCGACCCUCCUCAUCUGGAAUGUGUGGUCUUCAGCUACCAGAGCCUUAAACUCAAAUGGGGAGAAGGGCCCAGCAGAGCUUUAAUUACCAACCCUACACAGUUCAACUUGCAGAUGGAGGACAGGUUUGGCAGGUUUGUUACAGUUUAUAAUGGUCCCUGUCACACCUACAAGGUACAGAGGCUCAGUGAAUCCACUACCUACUAUUUCCGGAUCCAGGCCUACAACGACGCUGGAGAGGGAGGCUUUUCCCAAGUUUACGCUUUCACUACAACUAAAUCUCCACCUGCAUCUCUUAAAGCACCCAAAGCGAAUCAGCUGGAAGAAAACACUUAUGAAAUCACAUGGGAGCCUCUCCAGCCAAUGAAAGGAGAUUCCAUUGUUUACAUCCUUCAGCUUGCUGCUGGCAGAGAGUUUGAUCAGGUGUACAAGGGCCCCGAGACGUCGUUCCGGCUGCCGGGGGUGCAGUCGAACUGUGAGUACCGAGUGCGGGUCUGCGCCGGGCGGCAGAGCCAGGACCCCGCGGGCCCCCCGGAGCUGCUGGGCCCCUACAGCCCCAGCACGGUGUUCUCGGCGCAGCGGCAGGAGCAGGGCCCCCCCUGCCCCGCGGCCGGGCCGGAGCUGGCGCAGAGCGGGAAGCGGCUGCGCGAAGAGCGGCUCAUCGCCAUCGUGCUGCUCUGUGGCUUCGCCGUCGUCGCCAUCCUCUUCGCCGUCGUCAUCCAGUACUUCGUCAUCAAGUAGGGCUGGGCCCGGCCCCGCUCAGCCCUUUGUACAGAAGCUCUUUCGGGUAUUUAUGGUUAGUCCUAAUGAAAAUCCUAGCUGGGGACGGCCCCAUGCGUUCCCGCCCUGCUGCUGGCUGCCACUGAGGCUGGGUUGGCAGAUCCUUUCCAAAAUGCUGAGCACACGUUUCUUGUAGAAAGGGUGAUUCUGGGUCCUCUGCAAUCAGGGUGAGCUGUCAGAGAACAGCGCUAAACUGCCUUAUGGUGCACGCUGGGGGUGUGCACCCUCCUCCUCUCUCCCAAUUCCAGCCACUCGGAGAGGGAAGGCAUUGCUAGAACAGUCCUUUGCCAGCACCACCAGAGCAGCGGGAGGCGAUCGCUGUUCCAUCAGGUUUUGUUGUAGUUGAUAUCCAUGAAAUCCAGCAGCACAAGUGCUUGAGCUUAGAGCAGAACUGCAGAGCCUACUAGAGCAUACCACAUUUACUAGACUGUAGAAGGAAAGCAGAAUAUUGACUUAGUGAUAUUACUACUUUACAGUUAUUUUAAUAUUUGGGGUUCAGUAAUAAUCAUUUCAAGUGUUGGAGUAGAGGGUGCCAGUUUUUUAGAGUUUUAAUCCAAAUCAAUGCCAGCUGGAGCGUGAGCAGGACACGGAGGAAAGGCCCCUGUUGUGACCGGAACGUUCCUGCUGUCCUGAGCAGCUUUGGCCCAAUCCACAUUUCACUCUCAGUGCCUGAGAGAAAAGUAAUUCCCUGUGCAGCGUGCUCAGAACAGCACAGGUGUUGUUGUCUUCAAGGAGAAAGAGUGCAUUUAUGAUAAAUGUUACACUAUUUGGCUCAAACUGAGCAAUUUUUGUACUAUUAUUAACCUGAAAAAUAAAAAGUUCAGCCUGCUUUUGGGUGCCCUUCUAACUUAACCCCAACGAUCAAAUUGUACGCGAGAGAGCUCUUUUUAGAUAACAUUUAUACGAUGUUUUAAACGACUUGCUAUCCCAGUGGUAGCAGCUUCACAUUCCAUGGUUUUCCUGUUGGGAAUGUUCAGCCUGCUAUGAACUUGUCUGAAACUCGUCCUGGUUGGCUGGGGGGAUAUUUUUGUGGACACUGUGCACUACAUUUGACUGUUGUGUUCCAUCUGCUUGUGAAUCCCUGAGGAGGAGCCUCACAGCUCCUGGCUCCGUUGGGUAAAGGUUUGGAAAGCUGGAACUCACAAAUUCCCGAUGUUUCAGGAUGGGUCUUGCCAACAGCGUUUGGAAUAUGCCACAGAAAGGUGGAUUUAGGGUGUUUUUGCAAAGUCUGUGGCUCCACUUUGUACAUCAGAGCGAUGCACUUGGACGUGGGAGGGUGGAUGUGACAGAGCUACAGGCGCCGUGUUUCCAGUCAUGAACUCACCACCUUGAGGGUCUUUCUCCUACGGCAGUUGAGGAAUAAUGUCGUGUUAGUUUGAGGCAUUGUGUUGUAUUUCAGAUGUGGAAAACCUAAAUUAUGGCCUAGUAAUGCUUAAUCCUCUUCACAGUAGAUUUAUGGUGCAAUCUGAAAUUAAUCUUUUCAAAACGUACUCUUCAUUUUGUACUCUAUUUAUUUUGAUUAAAAGUCCUGGAAAAAAAAAUGUAUGUUUGAAUGUAUUGUUCUACUUGUAGCAGAACUUUAAGUUAAUCAUUUAUUAUAUCAUAGAAAUCUCUCCCUCCAGUGUCGGAAAGAGUUUUAUACAGAUAUUAGUCUUUAGUUUGCAGAAGAGUUUACAAUCUGUCUUUAUUUUCCUCAUAGCCUCCCUUUAGCAGAUAAACUGAUAAAAAAACCCAGAUAAACUGCCUUCAGAAAUCUCUGUUGCCAAAGGGUUAUUUCUUAACUCCUUGAACCAACUCGUAGAGGGUUAUUUGGCAAUAAUACUCCUGAUCAUUUAAAAGAGAAAUUAGGAGCGCAGAGUAAAUACUAACAAGUCAUGACUGCUAAAAACAAAAUAAAAUCCUUUUGUAAUUGCCACAGAAUACUCAUAAUUCCAGAAACAACUGGGAUUUACACUGCAAUACGGAUUUUUCCAUCAGCUGUUGUCCAUUCCAGAAGGAUGUACCCUCGUGGCAUUAAUGUUUUUAGGUAUCUUCAGUUUUCUUGUAUUGUCAUUUUUGAGGUAUCUCAAACGUAUGUUAAAGCUGCCAUGCAUUAUAUUACUAAAUUGUAACUAUCAAAUAGAUAAUAUAUUUAAUACAGCCAAUAAAUAAUACAAAUGUAUUCAAAUUUGA